CUCACUAUGGGUGGGGGUGAGAAGCGAAAGUCUAUUGUUAGAAUGUUCAUGAAAAUCAUAAUAAAAAUUCGUUUCCUUCGAUCACAAAAAAAAAAAAUACCUAACAGAGAGCUAUUUUCUUGAACCUAUAAAUCAAUGGAAUAAAGUCACGAAUAAAUCACAUGACCGGGAUAAUAAUGAGUGACCUUCAUUUGACUUCCGAGGAUGACGGAGUAAACAAACCAACGCGGGCGGUGGAUUGAAACCUUUGAGCUUCCCUAACAAAUAUGAGCCAGGAUGGGUGCUCCUACUGGCCCCCAGAGGCAGUAUACACCUUGCUGGAGCUGGUCAAGCAUCGUGAUGUGCUGUGGCAAAUCACCCAUCCAGACUACUACAAGAAAAACAUCAAAAGAGGUCUCUUCAAUAAAAUCUGUGAGAACCUGAAGGUCGCCUAUCCGGAAAUGGACUUUUUGGACACAACUCAAGUGUUGAACAAGUUCCAGUACUUGCGUGGCCACUUCCAAAAACAGCUGAGAAGAGUUGAGAAACAUAUGAAUAGUACAGGAAGAAAACCUCGCAUCAGAUGGGAGUUCUUCGAUGCUUGCUCAUUUCUGACACCAAUAUAUACAAGCAAAGCAGUGAAAUAUGAACCACCUCCUUCCCCUUCCUCCUUUUAUUCCUCUACAUCAUCAGAAACAAUGCCAUCUAGUGACACACACAAUAACCCUCUAGAGACACCAAGGAAACGGAAAAAGGAAGAUUCUAAUGAGGUGAUGCGUAUGAAGUGUAUGGACUCCAUGGAUAUAGUAGAAUCAUGGCAACAGGAGCCAAAACUACCAAAUCGUUAUGACUUAGUGGUGGAGAGUGUGAAGGGAUGUUUGAGUUACAUUCCUGACAGCAAGGAACAUGUGAAGGAGUGGUUUGCUAUCAAAGUGCAAGAACUAGUAUUAGAAGCAAUGAAAAAAUGCAGUAGUAAAUAAGUUAUAUAUCUGUAAGAUUAUCAGCAAUUUGGAAAUCAAAUAAAAAAAACUAUUAAAUUUCCUUUUAUUGUUGUUAAUUUUCUCACAGCUGUGGGAUGAGGUCUUAGGCCAAGUGAUGAUGUGUACAAUAACAUUCAUAACAUUAAUACUUUCAAAUAGAUACUAAACUUUGAAAGUAAGUCAACUCAGAUCAGGUGCUCAAUUAUUUGUUAUCUUGUUAAGUGCAUGUCCCCUCCACUGCCAAGGUCUUGUUACACCUCACCUAACAACACAUUCUCAGGGUUACCAUACAAAUUUAAAAAAAAAUGAAAAGUAUUUUAGCAUUUUUGCACAUAACUUGCACAAGUGAGCUUGUACUUGAAAAUCCUUUCUAUCUGCUGUCAUGUCUGCCUGGAUAAAUGUUCAUGAGCUAAGUUUUAAAAAAAUGUAUAAUUUCUAACAAAAAGAUAGAAAGUAACAUAGGGCAUUGCUUGAUGAGAUACUGCAACACUGUGGAAGGAGAAACUUAAUGUCUACUUUCAUUAACAUAUCACUGUGUGUGUGUGUGUGUGUGUGUGUGUGUGUGUGUGUGUGUGUGUGUGUGUGUGUGUGUGUGUGUGUGUGUGUGUGUCCAAGCCACUUGUGUAAUCACAUUAAAGCUUGGACCAAAAGACUGACAAUGAAUUAAUUAUAAUUAAUAUCUUUGGUUAAUAUUAUAAUGUUGUGGUGUAAUUUAUAGCCAAAGCACUCUGAACCAUUGUGGUGGCCUUAUAAACAAAACAACACAACAUAAAUCCCAUAAUCUGUAAAAUUUCUUGUGUCAUCAUUUAAGCAUUCACAACUGUUAUACUUUCAUUCCAGUCACACUGGAAUUCUUCCCUGCUCCACAGACAUUCCUCUUGCAUUUAACAUUACAGUAAAAUCUCCCUAAACCGAAUCCAAAUAAGCCAAAUACCAGAUAACCCAAACGCCCUUAUCAACCUCCUCAGCCAGUCUGCCCAGCUCCACUCUACCUAAGCAUACCAGAGCCACCAGCCAACAUCUUUGAUUUGGACUCUGAGUAACAAGCAAAAGUACACUAGCAGUACAGUACAUAAUGUUAUGUUAGCUUUUAUGUGACCAGUGUGUUGUGUACAGUACAGUUAAGUGAGCUCUUAAGUGAACACUAAGUGUGUUGUUGCAUAGUAUUAAGUGAAUUCUUAAGUGACCAGUUAGUGCAUUGUGUACAGUGUAAUAACAAAAUAUGUUGUAAGUAUCUAUCUUGAAGCUUAUAAUGUGCUAACAGAUAUGCUGUAAGUAUGUAUGUACGUAGAAACCGGCCAAAAACGUGUAUUUCUGGAUAAAUCAAACUUUUGGAUAAACUGUUGGCCAUCUUGCCCCAUAUAGUUGUUUAUAGAGUUAUUACUAUAUAUUCAAUUUGGUCUUCCCUAACCUUACACUUCUUAUGUCAGAUCCAGUUAUAUUCUAUACUAAUUCCUUUUCUUUCAUUUUCUAUACAUGCCCAAACCAUUUUAAAACCCUCUCCUCUGAUGAAUUGACUAACUUUCUAUCAGUAUGAGUUCUUCACAUUUCUUUGUUUUUCACUCAGUCCAUAAAUGUUACUCCACACACAUUGCUCAACUCAACUCCAUCACAUUUAAUUUUCUCUUAUCUCUUGCUCUCAAGUUCUUUGUUUUAGCCCCAUACAGUGGUGUUGGUACUACACCCUCAUCUUUUUACUUGUUUUCUGCAAUCUACAGCUAAAUACUGUUCUUUACUCCUUACACAUAUCUUGUUUCAUUAAUUUUACAUCUUCCUGUACUGUAUGUACAUUCUAUUUUUCCAUCCUCCACAAAUGAAACAUUAAUUACUGUUAAAAACAUUUAUCCUCCUACCAUCUAUCACCCUCACAAACUUCUUUACUCUUAAUUUCAGCUACUCUCAAUUUCCUUGAGAGUAGCUUCCACCAGUUAACUCAUCCUCCCCUCUGAGAGGUGCCACCAGUAUAUUACCAAUAUACUAUUAUUCUAAUUUCACUCACGACUCAAACAUGCACUUCACAUUCAUUUCUCCUUGAAUAUCAUUCAUAUAGACAUUAAAUAUUUGAAUAUUAAAUACAUAAAUCCUCAUGCCCAUAUUCAUCCAUGAAUAUACUGUAUGUCAUUAUAUAUAUAUAUAUAUAUAUAUAUAUAUAUAUAUAUAUAUAUAUAUAUAUAUAUAUAUAUAUAUAUAUAUAUAUAUAUAUAUAUAUAUAUAUAUAUAUAAAGGAAGAUACAUGUUUUACUGUUUUAAACCUGUCAUCCAUGACCAGGUCUCAGUGGCAGUGGUUCAUCCCAACCACUCCAUACUAUUUAAGGUCCCAAAUCUCAGUAAUGCAUCACCCACCUAUAUAUUACAUUAAGCCUCUGUCCCAUGUACACCCAUCAACCUCUUGGAUGCUGAGGCUCAUGUCUCACUGCUUCCUUCACUCAUUUCUCUAUUCCCUUGUUGAUAUUUACUCUCUUAGUAUUCUAAGUAAACUUGUUCUAUGAUUUGUAGUUUCUUUUGUUACCACAGUCUUUGCACAAUAUUACACCUAUGGCUAAUAACAUUAACAGUGCACUUACUUCUACUGUGUUUAGCAUCCUCUCUUAGUUUUAAGUUCUCUGAUCCUUGGAGAAUCAAUUAGAUGCCUUUUUUUUUUUUUUUUUUUUUUUUGAGAAUAUCAGAUAAGAACAUCUAUGACUGAGGGAAGAAUAAAAACUGUGGAAGUAAGAAGAGACAAUUAUUUGAUUUUCUGUCAUGACCAACACAAUAUCUGCCAGUCUUUGGAUGACAUAUCCUGCUUCCAAGAGACAAUAAUCGAAUUGUACAUUUACAAACAACCACUCCACAAUCCUCUUUCUUAAACAGUUCUGGCAUGGUCCCAUCCAGUCCUGGAAACUUCCUACACUAUUUUCUUUAGAGCAUUAAGCAUCUUCCUUUUAUGGGUCUCUAUAUUUUUCAAACUACAGUUUUAUUUCAUGCCUUAACUAAACAGUCUAUUUCUGUUUCUCAUGAUCUUCAAAAGACGAACUCUAAACUACUCAUCCCAUCUUUUCACUACAUCUCUACCCUCUGAUAUUUAUACAUUUUUAACCAGACUACAUUUGACAGUUGCUGCUCCACUCUUCUCAUUUUCUUAAGUUUAUUUCUUUUCCAUAGUUUGGAGAUGUUUUCUCCCAUCAGCUCUCCUCUUUUUCUCCAUACAUCUUGCAGUUCUCUCACACUCUUCCAGACUUAUAUUUAUCAUCCCCAACUUUGCAAAUGUUGGUUGUAUGCCUCUCUUUUCUCUCUUUAUCUCUACACACCACCAUUUCCUACUAUUUCUUUACUAUCAUCAUUUGAUCCUGUUGAUGCAGUGCCUUUGAAACAGUCAUUCUUUUUCUGAUACAGCUAACUUUCAUGACAUUAAGACUUCCCAACUUCCUCCCUGAAAGAUGUGCAUUUCUCCUCCACCUCUCACUUCAUAAUAUAUGUUGCCUUAUUGUACUCUUCUCUUAGUUCCUCUUCAUAGUCAUACCCUUAACUGCAUAUUAUUUUGAAUUAAGUUCACUAGUAUUUUUCUUAUUUCAUUCAAAUUUUAUCUUUACAUAUACCUAAAUUUUUGUUAUUAUGUACAAAUUAAAUGAUGACUGGAGAGCUUUCCUCUUGCUCUUCUUAAUAAAUUCAUAUGUGGUA